CUGACGAACCAAUCAGCGCGGGCCACGGUAAGACUUCGCCUUCUACUUUUCAGGCGGCGCCGCUCAGAGGAGCUAACAGAGAGAGGAGCAAAGAGAGAGACUAACUUGCUGAACCAUGGGCUCACUUUUAAUUGGUGUACUGGGCUGCUCUCUGGUGCUGGCCGUCAGCGGGUUCUACUCGGCCAGGGACGAUGUGGUGGAGCUCAACCCCUCCAACUUCAACAAGGAGGUGGUCCAGAGCGACAGCCUGUGGCUCAUUGAGUUCUAUGCGCCAUGGUGUGGCCACUGUCAGAGCCUGACGGCGGACUGGAAGAAGGCAGCCACAGCCCUCAAGGGUAUUGUGAAGGUGGGGGCUGUGGAUGCUGACCAACACAAGUCCCUGGGCAGCCAGUACGGGGUCCGGGGCUUCCCCACCAUCAAGAUCUUUGGAGCCAAUAAGAACAAGCCGGACGACUUCCAAGGCGGACGGACCAGCCAGGCCAUCGUGGAAGGAGCCAUGACCGCGCUGCGCUCCCUGGUGAAGGAGAGGCUCAGCGGCAAGUCAGGAGGUUCUGACUACAGCCGGCAGAGCGGUGGUGGUGGUGGUGGUGGAGGCAGCACCAAGGACGUGGUGGAGCUGACCGACGACAACUUCGACAGGCUGGUGAUGGAGGGCGACGCCGUGUGGCUGGUGGAGUUCUUCGCCCCGUGGUGUGGACACUGCAAGAGCCUGGAGCCGGAGUGGGCGGCGGCGGCCAGCGCGGUGCAGGAGCAGACCAAGGGGAAGGUGCGCCUGGGGGCGGUGGACGCCACCAUCCACCAGGGGGUCUCCAGCCGCUACGGGGUCCGAGGAUUCCCCACCAUCAAAGUGUUCCGCAAAGGGGAGGAGCCUGAGGACUACCAAGGGGGGCGUUCCCGGGGUGACAUCAUCGCCAGGGCGCUGGACCUGUUCUCUGACAACGCCGUUCCUCCUGAGCUAAUGGAGAUCCUGAGCGAAGACAGUCUGAAGACCUGUGUGGACAGCCAGCUGUGUGUGAUCGCUGUGCUGCCACACAUCCUCGACACAGGUGCGUCCGGGAGGAAAAGCUAUCUGGAGGUUGUGAUGAAAAUGGCUGACAAGUACAAGAAGAAGAUGUGGGGGUGGCUGUGGACCGAGGGCGGGGCCCAGAUGGAGUUGGAGAAUGCCUUGGGAAUCGGAGGGUUCGGCUACCCAGCCAUGGCUGCCAUCAACGCCCGCAAGAUGAAGUAUGCUCUGCUCAAGGGCUCAUUCAGCGACAGCGGCAUUCACGAGUUCCUCAGGGAUCUCUCUAUGGGUCGUGGUUCCACGUCAACAGUUGGGGAGGGGGCGUGGCCCAAGAUCACAACGGUAGCGCCUUGGGACGGAAAAGACGGAGAGCUUCCUGCGGAGGAGGAGUAUGACCUCAGUGAUGUUGACCUGGACGACGUCUUCGAGAAGACCGAGUUAUGAGUCCGCGCUCCUGGCUGCGGCCCACCUGGCCCUGCUCUCCAUCCAGUUUGUUCCAGUUUGUUUUUGGUCGGGUUCCCGCCGUACCCCCUACCCCGACACCACCAUAUUCCCUGGAGAGACGCUGGGGGGAAAUGGAAAACCCCUGCCGUUCCUCACGUCACCCUGGUCAGACACUGGGUGGGGGUCGAGACUCCACCUCACGGACCAGCUGAAGAACUACAUAAUCACACAGUCGCCCUCCUAGGUGGAGGAAGAGGAUGGAUCUGACCAGCCUCUUCCCCUCUCACUGCCCCCCCGCUUUAUGCCCACCUUUCCAAACACCAAUUUUUGUAAAACAUUUGAAUAAUUAUCUACCAUGAGUUUAUGUCCAGCCUGAUAUGAAUUUAGGUUUUGAGUGAGUCGCUUGCUUUUGUUUUAACGACCGGAGGAGAGUGCUCCGUCCGGGACUGAAAGGUGGGGUUAUGUGGGACGUCUUUGUGUAGAUUUUUCUUACACGACUUUAUUUCAAUUGUGUGAAAACAAAAUGACAUUUUUGUUACAAAAAUAAAAAGGAAUAAAAACAUG